GGGGAGUCAGUGACGUCAUUACCGAAGGACCGGCGCUCGUUGGUGACGUAAAACUGUAUUCACGGUUCCUAGCGGCAACUCGGCUGUACUUGAUCCGUGUUUGACCCGAGUUUCCAUCUUUUUGUGGUUCGUCCUGUCGCAGCAGCUCCGGCACAAUGUAUAGGUAUAAGGUAACGCUGAAGGAUCGCCACCAGCUCUACAAGCUCAUCAUCAGCCAGCUGCUGUACGACGGCUACAUAAACCUUGCCAAUGGCCUUGUCAGCGAGAUCAAGAUGAACACUGUUUGCGCCCCGUCCGAACAGCUGCUGCACCUCAUCAAAGUGGGCAUGGAGAACGAUGACAGUGCAGUCCAGUAUGCCAUUGGUCGCUCUGAUACUGUGGCUCCUGGCACUGGAAUCGACCUUGAGUUUGAUGCCGAUGUUCAGACUAUGUCUCCGGAGGCCUCGGAGUAUGAGACCUGUUACGUAACCUCACACAAGGGCCCCUGUCGUGUAGCCACCUACAGCAGGGAUGGACAGCUGAUUGCAACUGGCUCUGCUGACGCCUCCAUAAAGAUCCUGGACACGGAGCGCAUGCUGGCCAAGAGCGCUAUGCCAAUAGAGGUCAUGAUGAACGAGACCGCACAGCAGAACAUGGAGAACCACCCUGUCAUCCGCACCCUGUAUGACCAUGUUGAUGAAGUCACAUGUUUGGCAUUCCAUCCCACCGAGCAGAUCCUGGCCUCUGGCUCCAAAGACUACAGCUUGAAGCUCUUCGACUACUCAAAACCAUCAGCCAAGCGAGCCUUCAAGUACAUCCAGGAAGCGGAAAUGCUGCGCUCCAUCUCCUUCCACCCGUCAGGAGACUUCAUCAUAGUGGGCACUCAGCACCCCACCCUGCGCCUCUACGAUGUCAACACGUUCCAGUGCUUUGUUUCUUGUAAUCCCCAAGAUCAACACACGGAUGCUAUCUGCUCUGUCAGCUACAACCCAUCUGCCAAUACUUACGUCUCCUGCAGUAAAGAUGGCAGCAUCAAACUGUGGGAUGGGGUCUCCAACCGUUGCAUCACCACCUAUGAGAAGGCGCAUGACGGGGCUGAAGUGUGCUCUGCCAUCUUCUCUAAGAACUCUAAGUACAUUCUGUCCAACGGAAAGGACUCUGUGGCAAAGCUGUGGGAGAUAUCUACUGGCCGUAUGCUGAUCAAGUACACAGGUGCCGGACUCAGCGGCAGGCAGGUGCACAGGACCCAGGCCGUAUUCAACCACACCGAAGACUAUGUCCUGCUACCUGAUGAAAGGACCAUCAGCUUGUGCUGCUGGGAUUCCCGAACGGCCGAGCGCCGCAAUCUCCUCUCCCUAGGACACAAUAACAUUGUCCGCUGCAUCGUCCAUUCUCCUACCAACCCUGGAUUCAUGACCUGCAGCGACGAUUUCCGUGCCAGGUUCUGGUAUCGGCGGUCAACCACAGACUAAAAUGAUAGUAAGGUAGAACUAUUGCAGAUGUUCCUGGAUGUAAUGCCCCUCCACCAGUCACGUCUCCAGCCACACCUGCCGCUGCUUUAUCUGAGGAAUGCAUUUUAUUCUGGUGUUUGUCAGGAAGUGGCAUAAUCCCGGUCUCCAGGAUCCCCCCUGAAACAAACAAGAAGUACAACCCUGAGGAGCGGUGUGUGGGAUGCCGGACUUCGGUCAUCAUGGACUCCUGUGUACUGAUUUAUUGCGCAUGGCGUGCUCCACCCACGGCUUGACUUGAAAUGCGCUAUUGUUCGUGCGCCCUGUUCCAUGAUGUUUCCUCUGUAUUCACUGCCAUGUAUUCCCAUGUUGUAAUAUAUCCCCAAAAUAUGCCGGGACAUUAUCAUAGCUAAGCAUAUCAUAACAAAGAGACUGAGGUUCUUUUGACAUUUUCCCUGCGUCGCUUCUGACAACUCCCGAUGCGCCCAACUUUUAUUUUUCUAUCGAACAUACAGUGGGAAUUUUAGAACUGGCCGGAGUAAAGGCUGGUUCAGUAUUCCUUUCUGAUCCUGUUUUUAACCCGCUGAGGUCAGCGGAAAUGUGUCCUGCCACAUUUUGGUAGGAAUGAUUGAAAUCCACUAUGUUCUGUCUUGGAGAGUGUCUGAGUAGGCGGAGCAUGACUCAUGCCCCGCCCCUUCAGGCUCUGCACUAGCUAUAAGGCCUCUUUCACACGGGCGUGUGUGCCCCGUGGUCGUGCUGCGGGCCGCAAUGCACGAGCACAGUCCGUGGGC